AUGUGUUCAAAUAAGGAUGAAUCUAGUCAAGCGCAACAAGCACGGAGCUCAUGGCAAAUAACUGGCCGCAAAACCAUAAGUCAAAGUGCUGGUUACCAUAUAAAUUUGAGCAAUAAGUACUCUACCUUGCAAAUUGAAGACGACGAUGAGGCAGUAAUGAGCGGUGACGCUGGAAAUAAUCAAACCUUAGUUCCCAAGAAGACUCCAACUAUAGAGCACGAAAAGAAAAGACGAUUGAAAAACACCCCAAGAAAUAUCCAAGACACAAAGCAAAAUUCCUUACCAUUCAGCAACCAACGUGACACUAUCCAACCGAAGAAACAACAAUGUGAUGUAGCUUUGGUGGGUGACUCCAUGAUUAAGCAUGUUGAUGUCCGAAAACUUCGUCAUGGCACAAACAAACAGGUAACUGUUCGUACUUUUUCUGGGUGUAGAACCGACGAAAUGGCUCACUAUAUAAAGCCGACACUUGCUUUAAAACCGAAGCAAGUUAUUAUUCAUGUUGGGACGAAUGAUCUCAAAACGAAAUCACGGGCUGAAAUUAUUUACAACUUAAAAAACCUGGGCAAUCAGGCAAAACAAGAAAACCCCCGCACUGGUGUCUCACUCUCACAGAUAAUAAUUAGAAGUGAUGACACAAGAUUACAAAAUAAAUUAGUUGAAGUCAACAAAUGCAUACAAGAUCUUUGCGAACAAGAGAACUGGGGUCUUAUUGACAACAGUAAUAUCAGUAAUAUGCAUUUGAAUCCGUAUGGACUACACUUAAACAAACGUGGCUCUGCUAUAUUAGCAAAAAAUAUCAAAUUGCAUAUAACUAACAAUAUAGAUAACUAUUGA